AUGCGUUUUGGAGCCAUUCUCCGUGUCAGUGCUGUCCUCGUGACUUCGAUAGAUACAUCGGUUGCCGUCGGAGCGAGGCGUGUUGUUCCUCUUGAAAAUGACGACUCAUUACCUCGGUCGCUUAAUGGAGACUUCAUCGACAAGUUUCCAAAAAUUUCCCGCGAAGAAGCAGGUCACCUCCGACACUUCUAUAACCUAGCAAGCCAAAAAGACGGCGAGUGGCGCCACAUGGGCUCUCAAGUUGCCGGUCAGGAAUGGCUCGAUGGGUACCGAUACCAGCUAGCGACUAUGACAUACGCUGCAGGAGCAGCUCACUACUUUCGGUUGCCGCUUCUAAGGUCCCUGUUCAAGAGCUUGUUUGAGCAGCUCAUCUCCAAAAUGCUGCUGCGAGAUGUUUGGGGCUAUUGGUAUCUCGCUAGCCACAGCGGUACUCUUGUAGAUCCAGAUAUCACCGAGCUGCGAAAACCCUGGGCGGAUCCAGUAGCGAAAGAGAACAUUAUGUAUUCCGGUCACCUCCUCCACAUGGUGUCAUUGUACACGAUGCUGUUUGACGAUGACAGGUACAAUGAAGAUGGUGCUCUGGAGUUCGACUGGAUGCCAAUAUUCUGGGGUAUGGGGCCAGAAAAAUUCAUCUAUAACCGAACGUCCCUGCAGCAAGCGAUAUUGAAGGGGAUGGAGGGAGAAAACUGGCUCGGCGUCUGCUGUGAGUCAAACAGCAUCUUUGUCGUCUGCAACCAGUUUCCUAUGAUCGGGAUGCGGUACAACGAUGUUCGGGACAAUACCCAUAUAGCCCCUGUCGUUCUUGAAACAUACGAGGAGGCUUGGAAGUCCAAGGGCAUGUUCCAAGACGACGGCCUCAUAAUUGAUUGGUUUUCUCCAAAGCAAGACAGAAAGACACUUGCAAAGGACCCUGGGUUCACAGCCUGGGCCGCUGCCUUUAUGAACGCUUGGAAUCCAGAGCUGGCAAAGGUCGCUUAUGACACGGCAUAUGACAGGGUGAUAGAGAUGAUGAUGCCACCAAACAAGUCUACAGCUGCGGAAGCGUCAACGCCCUUAAUCUCCAGGGCACAAUCACCCAGUGCUCAGCAACCCAUGACCAAGCCAAUCCUAGGAUACGCAGCGCAGAUGAUCUCUGAACUCGGCGACGAGGCCACCUUGGAUCAGUACCUACGCUUUGUCGACGAAGCUUACCCCCCAACCUGGGAACAGGGAGGACUCUUUUACCCGGCCACUGCUCAGGGGAAUGGCAGUCUGCCUCCCAUGGACGCCUUCGCUGGGAACAGCGCUAUUCCCUACGCGAGGCUGAAUGUCUUCCAGGGUCAGCGUAAGAUGUACGAGAAUCCAUGGACCGAGAAGCACUUCUCCACUUACCCAUUCAUCGACAACAUCGACCUCUCCAGCGGCGUUGACUUUCUGCGCGGAAGCUGGGACGAAGAUCUUGCAGCCAUGGCUGUGACCAUGCGAUCCUAUUCAGUGGAGGGCAAGAAGUGA